AUGUUGCAGUGAAGUGAUUCUCAGAAGAAGAGGUUGCUGUUUUCAGAAUCUCUGCAACUGCUCUCAACUGUGUGCAACAGUUACUGACUCAACAUCCGAAGGGCAUGCAAAGCAGUCCGUUUUAGUAUCUCCUAACAGGCUACACACGAGCAGGUGUGUUUUGGAGGCUGAAAUGAACGGGGCUGUCAUCCCCCACACCCCGCUAGCCGUGGACUUCUGGCAGCUGCGGAAGUGCAGCCAGGCGCGCCUGUUCUUCCUCUCUCACAUGCACGCCGACCACACCAGCGGCCUGACCUCCACCUGGAGCAACAGACCCAUCUACUGCUCGCCUGUCACCGCCAAGCUGCUCAGGUUAAAGCUGCAGGUGAAGGACAGGUGGAUCCGCCCCCUGGAGGUGGGACACGCCCACCUGCUGCCCCUGGAUGAGGUGGGCAAGGAGACGAUGACGGUCACCCUGAUCGAUGCCAACCACUGCCCGGGCUCCGUCAUGUUCCUGUUUGAGGGCUACUUCGGCACCAUACUCUACACAGGUGAUUUCCGCUACACCCCGCUGAUGCUGAGGGAGCCAUGUCUCAGUAAGCACAAGCAGAUUGACGUGCUGUACCUGGACAACACCAACGCCAGCCGAGACCGGGUCUUGCCGUCCCGGAGCCAGGCCACCCAGUGGAUCAAAGAGCUCAUCCGCCAGCACCCCGAGCACAACAUCGUCAUCGGCCUUUACAAGCUGGGCAAGGAGUCCCUGUUGGUGGAGCUGGCAUUGGAGUUCCAGUCAUGGGUGGUGGUGAGCCCUGAGCGGAUGGAGACCAUGCGUGUGCUGGGCCUUCCGGAUGUGUUUGUCACAGAGGAGGGGGCUGGCAGAUUCAGAGUGGUGGAGCAGAGAGAGGUCAAGCACUCCGCCCUGAUUCAGUGGAACACCCAGCACCCAACCCUGGCCAUCCUGCCCACCAGCCGCCCGCUCACCCCCUGGCACUGCAACCUGCACGUAGUGCCCUACUCCGACCACUCCUCCUUCCAGGAGCUGGAGGAAUUUGUCAGGGCCCUGGAGCCCAGCUCUGUGAUCCCCAUCGUCGGAUCAUCCGUGUGUAACUUCUCUGCUUACCUGAGUCACCGGGAGCAGAGAGGUCCAGUGGAGGUGCCGGAAUCUGUGCAGCUGUAUAUGAAGAAGGACCCCGACCCUCCAGCCAAGCAUGUGCCGGGACCACCCAGACACGGGCCCCCUAUCCCCAGGGGAGUGGUGUUUGAGUCGCCGGAGCACAAUCCCAGACCAAACCAGCGCCAGGGGGAGGACAGGAAGACUGAACCCCCUCUAGAUGAGCUAGAGCCCCAGGUCAGGAAGACUGGACCCCCUCUAGACGAGCAAGAGCCCCAGGACAGAAAGACUGGACCCCCUCUAGAUGAGCUAGAGCCCCAGGUCAGGAAGACUGGACCCCCUCUAGAUGAGCAAGAGCCCCGGGACAGGAAGACUGGACCCCCUCUAGAUGAGCUAGAGCCCCAGGACAGGAAGACUGGACCCCCUCUAGACGAGCUAGAGCCCCAGGACAGGAAGACUGGACCCCCUCUAGAUGAGCAAGAGCCCCAGGUCAGGAAGACUGGACCCCCUCUAGAUGAGCAAGAGCCCCAGCGCAAGGACCCUGAUUUUCCAAUCAAAGUGCUGGGAGACUGCAGCAGAGCAGCCACCCAGGUAGCAGUUAGACGCGGUAAGAAACUCCCUCGUUCACUUGCUUUCUGCGGCGGGAAUCGAAAGCAGAUGAAGCUGGAUGAUGUGUGGUAUAAGACUGGACUUGGUUCUUCAAAACAGGCUUCAGGUAACACACUUGAGGACAACCCAACCCUGAAGUCUUCCUGUGAGCUGUUCACUCCACCGAAGAGACAGAAUGGGUCGAAAGCAGAGGACAAAGACGACGGCGGGCUACAGGAGCCGUCAAGAAGAGAUCCUGGCUGCUUGGCAGAGGAUCUGGAGUGCCGUGCUUGGCAGGGAGUCUCCCAGAGGUCGUGGAGAGCUGAGAACGAGUCUGUGUGGCCAGUUGGGAACGGCGCGCUUAUGAGGGAAUCUGGAGCAGAAUCAGCCUGGCUGUCUAAGAACACUGAAGCUGAAAACUGUCUUCAGCACACGAGAGAUGCAGUGCCUGUAGAUCGAGCUGGAUCCACCUGCCUCUCAGAGCAAGCAGGUUCGCCUUCAUUUCCAGAGUCUGCUGGUUUUACGACAGGAGCGCCGGCCCGAGCUGCUCGUUGCAAGGCUCUUGCAGCUACUUCCAGUCACCUUGCAGGGAAGUGCAGGCUCGCCCCAUUAAAUAAGGUGGGUCAUAAAGGUCUCUACGAGGGGGCAUCGCUGGUCCGAGCUGCCAGUUGCAAGGCUCUUGCAGCUACUUCCAGUCACCUUGCAGGGAAGUGCAGGCUCGCCCCCUUAAAUAAGGUGGGGCAUAAAGGUCUCUACGAGGGGGCAUCGCCGGUCCGAGCUGCCAGUUGCAAGGCUCUUGCAGUAACUUCCAGCCACCUGGCUGAGAAGUACCGUCUCUCCCCCUUCAAUCGCGCGCAGCAGCGGAACCCAACGUUCGAUGAACUUGUGGAAAGAUGCACGGGGAGGUCCCAGAGAUCCUGAAACCCAACCGAGGGGCGUUCUGACCCCCCCCCCCCCCCCAGGAGACCAAACCCCAAUACUGUGUGUGUGUGUGGUGGUUGCUGGAACAAGGAGAUGCAGCCGUUUAGAAAGCUGCUUGGACGGUAGAAGAGGAGCACUAUUUCUACCAGGAUGAGUGUGCAAAUCGACAGCAACUGCAAGCACAUUCUUAUCAUUAUUAUUGUUGUUGUUUUUAUUUUUGUUGCAUCAGAUCCAAGUCAAUCUGUUCUACAAUGACAGUUCUUGACAGAGAAAGCUGUUGGAAGCUCCUCUGUGUAUUGGAGCCUGCGUGCCCCUCUCUGUACUUGUAUAUGUAAGUCUUGUGUCCACUCUGAAUAGCUGAACCCUAGGAGGUGUGCCAGCAGUGCUUCUGGUGUCUGCUGUUACACGCUGUGCUUUUCACAGUGACAGAAGAGCGUGCUUCGAUUUGUACACUGUGUGAUUUCAAGUUCUUUCUGUGCAGAUUUGGUCUUGAUUAAAUAAUCCUGUUAAACUGCGUUGUUCUGACGUGAACCAGCUCAGCAUCUUGUGUUUUUGGUGCAAAAAGAAAGAUUCAACUACACUGUCCCAUUCCUUGGGCCUGGGCUGGGAGAGUACAGUAAGAACUGUUUUGUAAAUUGCUCAAUACUGCGUUACAGUGCUUUUUGUUCAACACUUUUAUGUAUUCCUGUUCACUGAUUGUCUUUGCCUGGUAUAUAUGCAGUACUGUACUUGAGUGUUUUAGACCCAGUGCUGUACAUGAAUGUGUUCAUUUAUAACCCUCCCAGCAUUAAUAAAGAGACUACAAUGUAGUGUAACCACG